UCACACUAGUGCACGUCAUUUUAUCUCUUUCCCGAUGCAUAUUGGUUCAAGAUUUUAUUACAGGAAGUGGAACCUAUAAAAGACAAAGAUCAGAAAACGGAACCUAAGAAGAUCAAUACAUAAUAGAUGGCCGAAGAAUCAAAACAAAGCUCUGUUUCUGAUGAUAAGACGAGUGUGAUAGGAAGAAGCAGUAGUAAGGAAGAGAAACAAUCAAAGGUUCAUGAGAAGGAGACCCAUGGAACAAGUGAAGACAUCAACGAGAAGACAAGAGUGGAUUAUGUGAAAGGACCUGGUGUGUUCGGACGUAUGAAGGAAGAAGUGGAAGCCAUUGUCGAUGCAGUUACUCCUCGCAAAAGUUCUGCUGAUGACAAGUGAUACACAAAUCAUCACCGUUUUUGUUAUUUCUUCUUGUCGCUUGCUGCCUUCGUAUCUAUCUCUCUGUGUUAGAACAGUAACCAACUCCUUUGCCAUCUAAUAAAGACACGACCUUUAUGAUU